UUUGCUGAGGUGUCCUUGGUUUGUUAUGUGAUGGUUUUGGGCUAGGGAGGUGUUGACAGGGCUUUAUUUUAACGAGAGUUGAGAGGAAAAAAAUUUUAGUGUGCGUUAUACAAAUGACUAUUUUAAACGGCCCAUUUUGGAGGAAAGCUCAGAUUGGUGGAGAAGCUUCCGCGGAAGUUUUAUUCGCGAGUUGGGUUUUUUAGAUGGAUUAAGGGGUCAGCCUCUUGUUUAUGCCGGAUUUAUAUUGUCAGAAGAGGUGAGCUCUGGACUCGAUCAGGGCUGGUUUGAAUUUUUUGGGCCGGGGGGUUUAUCUCGAUGUUUUAAGAAAGCGCUAAACUGCAAUAUGUUUAUGUGCAGUCAUUGGUUUGCUUGUUUUUUCGUAGUAUAUAUUUUAGAGGUGUGUUUAUGGGUCGGCCUUUCUUAGUUGGUUCAGAUAUAUGGAAAGUUUGAUAGCAGGGUUAAUGCCUGGCGGGUCCGUCAGAUGUUAGAUUGGGGUCAGAUCUUAGGUUGGGGGAGGAAGAUUAAUGAGUGGGGCCGGCUUUCUAGCGAAGGUUGUAGGUUGGAGAGAAGCCAGAUAAGAUUGCCGGAGCCAGUUACUUUGCAGGGUUACAAUUUAGAGAUGGUAUAUGAGAGGUGCCUAAUCAUUGCUUUCUUUGUAAGGUUUACUGUUAUUUUUUUCCUGCGGAUAGCUUCUUUCAACAAGAUUACAUGUAGGGUUUAUUUAGACUGUGGGCGGUUGGAGGUUUUCUGGUCUUUGGUGCCUUUUAUUUUUUUAGUUUGCUUGUGCACUGUUUCCGUUUUUGCUCUGUAUGUUAAUGAUGAGACAAAUCUUGACCCCUUUAUUGAUGUAAUCGUGGUGGGCCAUCAGUGGUAUUGAAGGUAUGAGUUAACAAGUAGAAAGGCUGAAACUAUUAAAUGGGACUCACGAAUAGUGAGGCGUAGUGCAGGGAGACCUCUUAGGUUCCGUGACUACUCCGAGGUUGACCGCCCGUUGGUAGUUCCACAGGGAAAGCCCAUUCGGGUGUUUGUUACGAGGGAUGACGUUCUUCACAGCUGGGGGUCUCCCCUUCUUUUGAUGAAGAUUGACGCUAUUCCGGGUCGGCUAAGUCGGGGAAGUUUAGACUUUAAUGUUUGCGGGGUGUUUUCUGGGUUCUGUGUUGAGUUAUGCGGCGCAUAUCAUGCUAUAAUGCCUACUAUGAUUGAAGUAGUUAGGCCAGAGGACUAUAGGGAGUGGCGUGAUUGGAGAGAAGGGGGUUGUGAUCUAGGUGCUCGGCUGAAAGCGUUUGUUGAGUUAAUUAACAUUGCGGUUGAGGGGGAGUGUUUAAAUCACAGAUUAAGGCAUAAAGAUAUAGUUAAUGUGAUUAAAGGGGAUGUAACCCCUCUAUUACGCUUACCCUCGAUUCAAAAGAGGCUGAAAUCUAUGGGAUUUGUUCACGUUGAUGUAAUGGAGAAGGUAAUGGGGUCUACGAUAAGAUCUAAAAAGUUUGAGGAGCUUGUUUUAGAAAUGGAGAAGGAGCAAGCUGGGCAUGAUUUGGGAGAACGGCUUUUAAGGCGUCGAGGUAGGUAGCUAUAGUCGGCUGCCUUGGUUUAGACCAGGUAGUGCUUUUAAGG